GGGCCGGCGGGCAGUGAGCCCCGGGCCCGCCUCUCCGACAAGGUCUUCUGCUACAACCCCCUCACUGACACCUGGAGCCAGGUGCGGCCGCUGGCUCAGCCCCGCUCGCAGCUCAAGCUGCUUGCCCUGGACGGUUACCUCUAUGCCGUGGGGGGCGAGUGCCUCUUCACUGUGGAGAGGUACGACCCGCGGGCCGACCGCUGGAGCCCUGUGGCACCCCUGCCCAAGGGUGCCUUCGCUGUGGCUCAUGAGGCCACCACCUGCAACGGGGAGAUCUAUGUGUCGGGGGGCUCCCUCUUCUACCGCCUGCUCAAGUAUGACCCCAAGCGUGACGAGUGGCAGGAGUGCCCUUACAACAGCAGCCGCCGGCGCUCUGCUGACAUGGUGGCCUUCAAGAGCUUCAUCUACCGCUUUGAUGUGAGCAGUGGCCGUGGUGGGGAGCAGGGCCCAGGUGGCGGGACUGGCGGUGGUGUUGAAGUUUUCCGGUACAACACGGUGGCCAAGCGCUGGAGCCAGUGCGCCAGCCUGCGGCCCAGUGGUGGCCCCAUCCAGCCCUUCCGCUGUGCCCCCUUGGGCAACACCAUCUACUGCGUCAACCGGACCGGCACCCUCCGCUUCAGCCUAGCCCAGGACGGCGAGGUGGAAGCAGAUGGUGGGCUCAAGGGCACCUUCGACGGGGAGCUUCUUAAAGCUCCCUUGGAUGCCAAGGGUGUCCUCUUACCCUUCGUGCUCACCCUGCCCGAGAGGCUGGACAAAGCGGGAGACCAGAAGGGCUCCCUCCCGCUGUGA